AUGGCUGCGAAAUUUUUUAAAAGUUCGAAAGGCAAAGAUAUGCUUAGUUUUCACGGAUAUUUAUACGUACAGGACAAAAGUUGUGAUACCAAAGUUUACUGGAAGUGUGCAAAUUUUAAGAAGUUCUCUUGUAAAGGUCGAGCAAUUCAAAGACGACCAGAAGAAGUGAAAAAAACUGGUGAACAUAAUCAUGCUGGUGAAGCUGCCGUGAUUACUGCGAAAGAGGCAUACAGUAAUAUGAAGGAAGCUGCAGUUAGAACUCGAGACACACCUCACUACAUUAUUUCAAAUUCGUCUUGUCAACUACAUUUUGCAGCAAGCUCCCAGCUACCUUCAAUAGAAAGCAUGAAAAGGACUAUUCGAAACGUUAGAUUAAAGAAGAAUAGCGAACCAAUGCUUCCAAAGACACGCGCCGAAAUACAAUUUCCGGAUGAGUACCGAAAAACCGACAAUGGAGAAGACUUCCUCUUAUUUGAUAGUGGAUCACUGGUUGAUGAUAGUGCUGACACAACUGCGGUAUCUGCUCUUUCAUUACCCUGA